GGGAAGCCCACAGUGCUGCAGUCCCAGUUCAGGCUGACCUACACCAUGAUCCUCAACCUGCUGCGUGUGGAGGCCCUCCGAGUCACCGACAUGAUGAGGAGGAGCUUCUCUGAGAGCCACAGAGACACACAGGCCCAUGAGCAGCAGAUUGGUCAGUUGAAACAGACUCUGUCCUCUCUCCCUCCUCUGGACACGGAGGGUCAGCUGUCUGACCUACUGACAUACUACUACACUGUCACUGAGCUACGCCUCACUGCUGAGGCUCUGCAGUGUGCUGUUCUGGGGUCUGUGAAUGGGUUGAAAGCUCUCUCCGUGGGACGAGUGGUAGUGGUCAACAACAAACAGCACUUCAACGCCCUCGGAGUCAUCCUACAGGUUUCCAGUGACUCAGUGAAUCGUAUGUUUAUUGCUCUCAUCAUCUGUGAGAAAGGCAAUGAGGAGGGAAAAGGGGACAGCCCGAACGGCAGUGCCUUCCCCCACCUCUACAACACUGCCCUCUUUACACCUGAAGGUCAGUUCAUACACACACACAUACAACACUGCCCUCUUUACACCUGA